AUGCCAGGCAAGAUGUUCAUGGUCAAUCCUACCCCGUACGCCGAGCAUCUCAAAGUGGCCAAGGAGGUCGUCGUGAAAUCUACAUGUAACGAUCAUAAGGCUGUAUCCCAAGCCAAUGCCGACAGGCACAAGCUCGCCGUGACGGGGAUAGGUGCGACGGCCUGUUCCAGGCAUGGGUGCUUCGUACCACAUUCGGUGGUGAACUUCCAGAAGGGAGAGCGCCAGAUGAACAUGGACUAUUCUCUGUCAAACGCGCUGAAAUACCGAUCGCGAGGGUGUACCCGGGUCAUCGUACUUUACGACAUCAUGUGUCAGUGGGGUGUGCACAUGAACGCCCGAUUUGAGCACAGCCCGUACCUUUCAAUACCGCCCCGUCUUGUCCUCUACAAGUGUAUAGGCCUCUUUCAUGUCCACGGCCACAAACCAGAGUGCGAGUAUUGCUUCUCGCCGACGUACAUGAUCGGGGCCGGCGAGGUUGAUGGCGAGAUCGUUGAGACGCAGUGGUCAUGCAUGAAUCGCAUAUCAGGUAGUACAAGAACCAUGUCCACUUCUCACAGGCAAGAAACACUCGAUCGGCACAUGAACGACUGGAACUGGAAGAAGAUGAUCACGAUGGUUACAUCCCUUCGCCGGAAAAUCAAAGCUAAUCGGCCGGUGCUUGCCGACAUGAAGCGCGACCUCUCGGCGAAGGAAGCAGGUGUCAGCCCACUGCGGCUGCAGGCUUGGAAGGCAGAGCUUGAUACGGCGCAGAGGCAACGCCUCCGAAACGUAAAGGUUAUGGACCGAUACCAACCUCCAAAACAGAUCGCCCCAUCCCAGGCUGCACUUCAACUGGAAUUGACAGAGCAGGAAGGCGAUGACGAUGCCACGAUUGGCACUGCGGCCUGGAUUGCAGAAGGCCUAAAGCUGGAGGAAAUACAGUUCCGCAGGAUUAAAGUGAAGAAACACGCAAAGCAAAUAGGGGACAAGGCCACCGGGGCACAGCUCUUAAAGCUGGGUAAAGAGCGGAAGAACCUGGAGACCCGAAUUCGCCGCUUCCACAGUCGAGCAUAUGGGAUUGCCCGACGCAACCACCUAAUAGUAGAGGAGGGCGCGGAGGAGGGGGACGACGUAGGCGACGAUUGGGAAGAUGAGGGCCCUCUUGUCCCCCGGCAGCCAAACAGCCCGUGGGCAGUGUUCAACAGCCGGCCUCCUCCUCCCUACUCCCGGGCAAUAUCUGAGGAGACAGCGAUCGGCCUACCAUCCAACCUCCCAACUGAUGUGCGCGAGGACCAUGGAAUCCCACCGCUUGCAAGGCGGGAAAUGGUACUUCGGCGAGGGCAGGCUAACGAUGCCCUUCAACAACUGCGGGGGCUGCUUGGGCAGAAGUCGUUUCAGUUUCGUACCAGUGUCCGGCGCGGCAAAGGAAAUACCAAGCGCACCCGCGCAUGGACUUCGAUGACGAAGCUCGACCGUGCUGUCCAGAUUCAGGCCGCCAUCUAUCGAAGAGCUCGUGCGGCAAUGCUGGUCCUUGGCAUGUCAGAGGCUGACCGGCGGAAAUAUCAGCCGUUGCAGCCAGACGACCUCAAAGUCAGCACGGCAAUAGCAGAGCCCAAUAAGCGAGGGCAGCGCCACAUAUCACCGUCUUGGGUGUGGAACGUUGACGUGGAAGCCGAUAUUAUAGGUGAUAAUGGGCUGGCAUCCACCGUGUCCACUGGUUUCAGGCGCGCUCAAAGGUUGACAGACUGGAAGAAGAAGCCGGUAUCCUCAAGCGCGAACUAG